CGCCUCUCGGCACGCCACGCCCGCCUCGGCACCGCCGCAGCCACACACACCCGAACAUGCCGCGGCCGUCGCGUGAUUCCUACGGUGAUCAAAAACCACCGUAUUCGUAUAUUUCCCUCACGGCCAUGGCCAUCUGGAGUUCGCCGGAACGCAUGCUGCCGCUGUCGGAUAUCUACAAAUUCAUCACUGACCGCUUCCCAUACUAUCGACGCAACACGCAGCGCUGGCAGAACUCGUUGCGGCACAACCUCUCGUUCAACGACUGCUUCGUAAAGGUUCCGCGGCGGCCCGACCGGCCCGGCAAGGGCGCCUACUGGACGCUGCACCCGCAGGCCUUCGACAUGUUCGAGAACGGCUCGUUGCUACGCCGUCGCAAGAGGUUUAAACUGCAGAAAGGCGAGAAGGAUAACCUGAAAGCAGAGCUGGCGGCGUUGGCGAAUUUCAACAGUCUAUUCCUCGCCAGCCAGUCAAAUGCUCGUGUUCCUCCGUUACCAGCAGUCGAAUCCUCAGUUGCGCCUGAAUCGUUUGCUAUACCAAGUACACUAGAGAAAGCGAAAAAGUCAUUUACUAUAGACAGUUUGUUGAAUAGUGAAGUGCAAAUAAUCAAGCCCAGGGAAGAUGCGGAAGCAGUGAAUGCAACAGUGAUGCACUACAGGCCGGAACUGUUAGCAAUGGCAGCGGCGAUGUGGCCCCAUGUUGGGCUGCAUGCUCCUUU